UCAAUACAGCCCUCCCAAGUUUUCCCGUCAGUCUCUCUCUGGAAGGGAGGGGUGUGCCUUCAGCCAUUAGUCAGAAAUGGGAGACAGAGGGAUAGGCUACUUCAUUACACAUGUAGAGAAAUGUGUAAAGAAAAAUACUGAAACUUCUGCAAGAAGAACUUGGGGGUGAAGGAAUAACGUUGCAGACUCGUAUUAUUACUAAAUGAAGAGGAUUUAUCACCACCACUUGAAAAAAUGUAUAACUAUGAAAUUAUAUAAAAGAAGCUUGGAUGAAGUCGAGUAACUGUCGCGCGCCGCUGGAAAGGAUCUCUGAAAUCGGCUCUAGACUAGAGUAUCUGACGGCGAGUCUUUACUAUUUACAUCUAUAGCUGUACGGGAUUCUAAUUUGUUUCAAAAGGCUAUAUUAAAACUAUGAUUAAAAAUAUAUUUUGUUGGCUGUAGUCGCCAGUAUAAACUAUAGAUAAUCUUAAAAUCACAUUUUAUUUUUAUCUUUAUUUGAAAUGUAACAUAAUUCUGUGAAAUUACAUUAAUUAGAUUAAUUGUAUUUUUUCUGGUUGUAAGUUAUUUUGUGGUUAAACACAGCUUUUGAAUUGACACUAAGAUUUAAAUUACAGUAUACUUCAAUGAUAGACGAAAUCAAAUAUUUUUCUAGGGCAGCAACUCUGGAUAAUAAACGUCUCAAUUCCGGAUAAAUGCUACCCAGAUGCACUCAUUCAUUUUCGAUCAAGAGAGAGGGAUACAAAAAACAACUAAAGUGUUAAUAAUCAACUUUUUUUUUUAAAUCUAGCUGGUCCAUCACUUUCAACUCAACUGUAAAGGGUGGGAUAUUCGUCGAUCUCACUCUAAACAGGACUUUUAAUACGCAUCUUUACUGAUCUCUGCUGGACAUUUGUGGAAUAACAUCUUGACAAACAGAGACGAUGAACAAGCAGAUAUAUAUCCACUAUAACUACACAGGGAAGCUGGAAAACCGUCAGAAUGGAAAAAUCACAGGUGGUGGCGUCACCUUGGAUGCUAAAACCAUCGUGUUCCUCAUCAUCUGUUGCUUCAUAAUCCUGGAGAACCUGAUUGUUCUCGUGGCAAUAUGGAAAAACCAUAAGUUCCACAACCGCAUGUACUUCUUCAUAGCCAACCUGGCGUUGUGUGACCUUCUGGCUGGGGUGGCUUAUAUCGUCAACCUCCUCAUGUCAGGGGAGAAGACCCUUCACCUGUCCCCAGUGUUGUGGUUUGUAAGGGAAGGGAGCAUGUUUGUAGCUCUGGGGGCUUCCACAUUCAGUCUCCUGGCUAUAGCUAUAGAGAGACAUCUGACCAUGAUUAAAAUGAGGCCCUACGACGCCAAUAAGAAUUACAGGGUGUUCUUGCUCAUAGGGACCUGCUGGCUCAUAGCGAUAUCCCUGGGAGCAUUGCCCAUCCUGGGGUGGAACUGCUUGGACAACCUCCCUGACUGCUCCACAGUCCUACCGCUCUAUACCAAGAAGUACGUGGCCUUCUGCAUCAUCAUCUUCAUGGCCUUGCUGCUGGCCAUGUCCGUCCUGUACAUACGCAUCUACAUGUUGGUGAGGACCAGCAGUCGGAAGGUGACGAAACAUUCCAACUCAGAGCACUCCAUGACCCUCCUCCGUACUGUCAUCAUCGUGGUCGGCGUCUUCAUUGCAUGCUGGAUGCCCAUCUUCGUCCUCCUCCUCAUCGAUGUGGCCUGCGAGCACCGCUGCUGCCCCAUUCUCUACAAGGCCGACUACUUCAUAGCCCUGGCCGUGCUCAACUCUGCCAUGAACCCUGUUAUCUACACCUUGGCCAGCAGGGAGAUGAGGAGAGCCUUCUUUAGCUUGGUCUGUGGCUGUCUGAUGAAGGGGAAUGUCUCCAGCAGCGGUGAGCCAAAUAAGCCCAAUAACCUGGAGCACAGCAGGAGCACAGCAGGAGCACAGCAGGAGCACAGCCCAUAAUAAUCCUAACAACCACAGCAGGAGCACAGCAGGAGCACAGCCCAUAAUAAUCC